AUGGAACAAACAGUUUCUCUCCCCACAAAUAAUAAUCACACUAAUAAUAAUAUUCAUAAAAUUAUUGAACCCAAUAAUAAUGCCUCCGUCUCGACUACUCCCCCACCAAUACUCUUGGAAAAUAAUAAAUCUUCUACGAUUCAAUCAAAUCCCACAAUCACCUCACCAAUAACUUCUCCAGGACAUAUAACUAAAAAAAGAAAUAGAAUAUCGUUUGUUUGUCAAAGUUGUAGAAAAUCUAAAACAAAAUGUAACAAAGAUAAACCUUCCUGUUCAAGAUGUAAAAAAUUAGGUAUCUUUUGUGUUUAUGAUGUGGAAACUCAACCUCCACCAAAAAAUUUAAAUAAAUUACAAACGAUUCAAAGAUUAAAUGAAGAAUUGAUUUAUUGGAAAAAUAGAGCAUUAUCUAAUGAAAAUAAUAAUAACAGUAAUAUUAUCAAAAACAAUAAUACUACCAAUUCAAUGAUGAAUGAAAACCAAACUGAUUCUUCUUUUAAUUUCCCCCCAAUAUCUGAUUAUUAUUUAUUAACUACUCAACAAUUACAAUCGAUUACUUAUCCAAUUAAACUAUAUAAAGAUCAUCCAAAAUUAAUAUUGAAUAAAAUCGCUAAAAGAGAUGUGAAACCAUUAACAGAAAAUUAUAUCCUAUUAGAAGAUAAAUUCAUUUCUACUUUAAUCUGUUCAAUCUUUAUCGAAUCUUCCACUUCCAACACAACAAUAUUACCUGCCAUUACGUCAAAUCUAUCUGUUUCAAGAAUCCAGCCAGGAAUACGACGAACAGUCAACAAAUUGAAAUUGAUUUUAUUAGAUCAAUCUCAUUCAUCAACACAACGAAGAAGAAUUGAAGCAUUUAUUGAUCGUCUAUUACAAGCAUCUUCAAAUUCAGGUUCAAAUCCCAAUGAUGAAUCUGUAACAACAUCAUCAACGACAACUGCAGUGACAACUGCAACAACAUCAGCAUCAACAUCAACAUCAGCAUCAGCAUCAUCUCCAAAUACCUCUCCGCCUACAUCUCCAAUUUCAUCAUCAACUAAAACCAAGAAAAAAUCAGGAAUUACUACUUCCAUGGAAGAUAUUUUUUCUUUGUUUUUUUCAAACCAAAAAUAUCAAUAUUUAGAAGAUCAUUGUCCACCAAAUGGUGAUUAUUCACCACUUUUAAAAAGUUAUAUUAAAAGUUUUGAAGAAUUUUUCCCACCAAUGAAUAUUAUAAAUGCUUAUAAAAAUCAUUUUUAUGAAAAUAUUUAUAAAAAUUUACCAUUUUUAGAUAAAGAUAUGUUUGAAGAAGCACUUGCAUCAAUCUUAUAUAAAGAGAGCGAUGACAAUAUCAAUACCAACAACAAUAAUAUUAAUAAUCCAGUUAAUGAAAAAGUUAAAAUCCAUUUAGGUCAUGCCGGGUUAAGAUCCAAGGUGGAAAAUUUAGCAAUCUUAGCAGUCAUUUUAAAAUUAGCUUACAUUUCUUUAAGAUUUGUUGAGGAAGGUGAAGAAGAUACAGAAAAUCCAAUUUUUGUUAAUAAAGAAAUAUUGGAUAAAUAUCCAAUUGAAAAUGAUGCAAUUAUAUUAGCUGAGAAAUGUAUUGCAAGUGAAAAUUUAUUUGCCUGUGCAAAUGAAAAUAUUGUUACUUGUUUAUUAUACAUUUGGGCCUUUUUCGUAUUUUCACCAGAAGAAGGUGAUUUUUUUAUUGAACAUCCGACUGAUAUCAUAUCUGGAUUGGUUGUCAUGCUAUCGAAUUCCAUUGGACUUCAUCGUGAUCCAUCAGUUUAUUCUAAUUUGAGAAGUUGUGUAAUAACAGAUAAAAGAUUAUUAAAUCAUAGAAGGUUAUUAUGGUUGGCUGUAGUAACAUCUGCUUGUUUUGAAUCUACUUUAAAGGGAAGAUACUCUUGCACUAAUGUUAUCUCACAAGAUUUAUUUAUUGAAAAUAUACGAGAUCCAGAAGCCUUAAAUGAAUAUAUGAAUAGAGUCAAAGCUGACAUGGGAACAGAUUAUAGAAAUCAACAAUUGCUAUCACUACAUGAACUAUGUUUCAAGAGAAUGCAAUUAUCAAUUAUGUUAUGCGAUUUAGAUAGUAUUGUAAUGGAUCAUUCAAGCUAUCAUCCCUUAAGUUCCUUUGAUAUAUUGAUGAAUAAAAUAGAUGCUUUUUUAAAUCAAAAUUUCGAUUCAUCAGAUAUUCAUACCCCUACAAACACAAAAUUUGAUUCUUACUCUACAAAAAGACACCCUUUUGCUAGUGACAAUACGAGUAAUGAUUCUUCUACUUCACCCAUACCUGUAGUACAAACAAAUACAAUUAAUGGAAAUAAUGAAUUUUCUUCUGAUGCAACAAAUAACUGGUAUAAUCAAUUAAAUCAUAAUACCAUUGAUUACUCUAUAGGGUUGCAUUCAAGGAUUAUGUGCGAUUUAAUGCUGUUAAGAACUUCGACAGCUUUGUUUUUGCAUUUUGAAAAACUAUUGGCUACAAAGACAUUAUCUUUAGAACAAGGUUUAUCAAUUUAUUAUACUUAUUUUGAAAAAUGUUGUAAGAUAUCUUUAAAAUUGGUGAACUAUUUCAAAAAUUUCUUUGGUGUUGGCUAUGGAAUAUGCGCUCCAUUAUCAAAUUAUAUGGUUACUAAAAUGGCUCAAUUAUCUUUAAUGACUGUCUUAUUCUCUUUAAUUGGAAUUAUUAUGCGAUUAGAAUUGGCCUGCAUUUCGUUAAAUUCAAUGAUUACCUCACAUUCACAGAAUAAUAAUACUGAAAAAAUAUCCGAGUUAUUAAUUAAACAGAAUAUAUUGAAAAAUUUACAAAAAACUAUGGAAGAUGCUGUAAUUAACAUUCAUUAUUUGGCUUCCAAAUAUUUGAGAUUUACAUAUUAUUCUGUUUUCAAAAUGCUAGCAAUAUGUGACAUUAUAAUUAUUCAUUUGAGGAAAGGUGAAUUAUGGUCUACUUUAAUCAAGAUCAGAGAUAUUUCCAACACUAAACCAACUCUUGCAAAAGGUUUAGCAAUCUCAUUAAAUGUUAAUUUGUCUGAUAUUGGUACCAUUUUUAAUGAUUUUAAGAGUAAAAAUUUUUUGAUUGAGAUAGGCAAUGAUGAAUUAAAAAAUCUCUCUGAUCAAGUUUCGUUUAUUAAUAGUCAAUAUAAAGUAAACAUGACUGAUUCAGCGACAUCUAAAUCUAAUCAAGCUACUUCUACAGAUAAUAAUACUACUGCCCCUGAAACUACAACAUCGAAUACAACCGUAACCCAAUCCACAACUAAUUCGACUUCUAUCGUAGGGUUUAAUAACACCGAAUUAGAGACCAUGAAGGAUGGAAAUGUUUCCACUAAUGCAAACAAUGAUGUUCUUUCGGCAACUAAUAUCCAAAAUAUUAUAAAAAAUAAUCAGGCAGUACCGAUAUUAAACAAUGAUAAUUUCAAUCAAAUAACAGGACAAGUUACGCCAACAACACAAAGAUCAUCUGUUGAGUCAACGUUAACUGGGUUAGAAAAACUUUCGUCAGUAGCUAAUGUUCUCUUUGCUAAUAAUUCAAAUGAACUCAAUACCGUUGAGAGUUCUACUACGCCAUUUGGUGCAUCAACCAUUUCAAACUCAGUUUCAAACCCAGUACCUAAUAAUGCAAUCAUUAAUUCGAACAUAAAGCUUAAUAAUAGUGACAAUGAAUUUUACGAUUCUACUACGUCGAACAAUCUUAUGGACUCAACUUCAAAUAAUAAUAUUCCUACUUCUCAAGAAAAUAACACGAUGAAUGGUGAUGAAAAUAGUGCUGCAAUCUUUAAUGCAGAUACAUUUGAAUUUACUGGUGGGUUUGGUAGAUUGGAUUUAUUUAAUUAUGAUUUUCUAUUUGGAAAUUAA